AUGGCCACCAAAAGCUUUGUUUCUUUAAUAGCCAUGGCUGCUAGCGUUGAAGCUGGUGCCAUUAAGCAAAGAGCGACAUCUACACAGCCUGAUUGGUUCCAGACCUCUCCUGAUAACUAUGCUGGCACUACAGCGACUGGGGCUGCUCCUUUCCUGGCUGCAACAAACCCAGCACCCUUCGGCGAGGCAACUUAUGUUCCAAAUGCCCCCUUGGAAACGUCAGAACCCAUCAGCGGAGCAAAUGGGAGAAAUAUCUUCCAUCUUAUGGGUGAUUUGAGCCCCUACUUCUCUCCCAGUGAAGGAUUUGGAGUCAAGGAAUAUCCUUUGCCCAAGGGCGCCAACAUUACCCACAUGCACAUGCUACAGCGCCAUGGCUCAAGGUAUCCCUCCUCAUCAGAAGGACUGGAUGCAUGGGGUACCGGCAUUCAAAAAGCCAUUGCCAACGGAGCCGUCUUCAAAGGAGAGCUCGAGUUCCUGAAUGACUGGUCCUACCAGCUAGGCAAAGAGAUUCUGGUCCCGAUUGGCCGCCAAGAGCUCUUUAAUAGCGGAAUUCUCAACUACUAUAACUACGGCCAUCUAUAUGACAACUCCUCCAAAAUCGUUGUGCGCACAACACUCCAGUCGCGCAUGCUCGAGAGCGCAGAGAAUUUCCUAGCCGGUUUUUUCGGACUUGACUGGACCAAAAAUGCCAACAUCCUGGCAACAAUUGACUCCGCAACCACUGGCGAAUCUGCCUGUGCCAACGAGGCUUCGAGUAUGUUCGCCAAUAUCGCCGAGCCAAUCAGCACCUGGCAAAACACCUAUCUGAAAGACCGCACUGAGAAGCUGAGACAUCUGACUGGAAACUACAACUGGACCGUGACAGACACAUAUCAUGCGCAAAGCCUCUGCCCCUAUGAAACCAUCAGUCUCGGCUACAGCGAGUUCUGCCAGCUGUUCAACUAUGAAGAAUGGGAAGGUUUCGCCUACCUCAUGGAUCUCGAAUUCGCCGGUCUUUCCGGCUUCAUGAGCCCAACCGGACGCGCACAAGGUAUUGCUUGGGUUGAAGAAUUCAUUGCUCGCGUCGAGGGUCACUACGUCGAUGUUCCGGCGAAACUCACGGGAGCCAAUAUGACAUUGGAUACCAACCCGGUAACCUUCCCGCUGAACCAGAGCCUUUAUCUGGAGUUCACCCACGACGCCAACAUCGUCUCUGUCUUGACUGCAUUCGGUUUGACCCAAUUUGACGAUUUCUUGCCUGCUACUCAUCGCCCGAAGAACCAGCAGUUCUCUGCUAGCAAGCUUGUUCCUUUCGCUGGUCGGUUGAACAUUGAGAUUAUCACGGCGCCACACCAGGUUUCUACGAAGCGGUCGUCCAAGGCUGGCUCGAAGUCUAUCGAUUAUGUUUCCGGUACUGGUGAGACCAAGUAUGUGCACUUCAUUCAGAACCAGCGCACCAUUCCUCUCCAUUCUAGCUUCUCGGUUUGUGAGUAUCGCGAGGAUGGGUGGUGUGAGUUGUCGACUUUCUUGAAGGCGCAGAAGCAUAGUCUGGCGGAUGCGCAAUAUCCUUAUGCUUGUUCUGGUAACUGGACGGUGAAGGGCUGGGGCUCUGUAAGAGAUGGCGUUCCUGCUUGA